AUGACUGACCUCGGUAAUGGAAACAACUCCUCUAAGUUAGCCAUGGUUUUCGGCGAAAGCAAGAAUGUUGUGAUGGAAAAGCAAAUCAGUGCCGAAUUACAUAGCGAACACUCAAGGAAUUUCGAUGAACUAGAAGAUUCCAGGUCAAUCGUUAUCCGCAAGGCAGAGAUCAUGGCAAAGCAAUAUAAUACUUGGUUUCUGAAAACACUGUUUUUGUUCACUGCAUUCAUAUGCUCACUUGCAUAUGGGCUUGAUAGCAUCAUCCGGAGUAUCUAUAUGACUUACGCGAUGAAUGAUUAUCAAACACACUCUUUGUCGUCCACAGUGGACGUCAUCAGUCUUAUGAUUGCCGCUAUAGGACAAAUUUUUUUCGCUGGCCUUUCUGACAUAUUUGGCAGACUUUCGAUGUUCAUCGUUUCGAUUAUUUUUUACGUUGUUGGUACUGUUAUUCAAUCGCAAGCUUAUGACGUUCAAAGAUAUGCAGCUGGCUCGAUCUUUUACAACGUUGGGCUAGUCGGAGCUAUGUUUCAAGUCGGGAUAAUAUUAUCAGAUUGUUCUAGCUUGAAGUGGAGGCUAUUCUACAAUUUUGUUCCUGCAUGGCCGGCCCUCAUUACCGUAUGGAUCUCGGGGAAUGUCAUUCAUGUUGCCAAUCCGUUGGAAGAUUGGUCGUGGGGGAUUGCCAUGUGGGCAUUUAUCUUCCCUGCAAGUUGUCUUCCCAUGAUAGCUUGUAUGCUCCACAUGAAAUGGAAAGCAAGAAACGAACCGGAGUGGGAGCUUUUAAAAAGUGAGAAGUCUUUUAUUCAGACUCAUGGAGUAGUGCGUGCCUUGGUACAGAUUUUCUGGAAGCUUGACGUUGCUGGAGUGCUGCUGCUAACCGUUUCCGUCGGAUGCAUACUAGUGCCGUUAACAAUUGCAGGUGGUGUGACUACACAAUGGAGAAGCGCCAAGGUAAUUGCUCCUUUUAUUCUUGGUUUCGUCUUAUUCCCCAUUUUUGUCUACUGGGAAAGUCAGGUGGCUUCAGCUCCUUUGGCACCUUUCAAGAUGUUGAAGGACCGUGGAAUUUGGGCCCCACUUUGGAUCAUGUUUCUAAUUUGUUUCAUUUAUUCAAUGGCGGCUGGCUAUCUCUACACGGUGCUGAUUGUUGCUGCGAAUGAAAGCGACUUGUCGACUACCAGAAUAACAAGCUUAUACAGCUUCGUGGCUGCUAUUUUCUCCCCAAUCCUAGGGGUGGUUGUUGCGAGGUCUUCUAGAUUGAAGCCAUUUACUCUUGUGGGAUGUGCAUUGUACUUUGUCACAAUGGGACUCUUCUAUCACUUCAGAAGUGGUGAAGAUGCUGGUAGAGGAGUUAUCGGUGCUAUGGUUGUGUGGGGUCUGGCUAGUUGUCUUUAUGACUAUCCAAUAAUGAUUGCUAUGCAGACAGUGACCUCGCACGAACAUAUGGCAACAGUGACCGCAUUGAACUUGACAAUCUUUAGAAUUGGAGGUGCAGUGGGCUCUGCCGUUUCAGGUGCUAUUUGGACCCAAACUCUAUAUCCUCAAUUGCUGAAGACAUUAGGAGAUCCCACGUUGGCAGAAGCAGCGUACGACUCACCUUUGAGCUUCAUCCUCGACUACGAAUGGGGCUCUUCAGUCAGAAGCGCAACGGUUGAGGCUUACCGCUAUGUGCAAAAAUAUGAAGUGCUAGUGGGACUGGUAUUUGUAGCACCUAUGUUUAUUCUUACUUUCUUCCUGAGAGAUCCUUGUUUGACUGAUGACCAUGGGCAAAUCUUGGAAAAAGGUGAGUACGUUAAAGGUAAUGACGACCCCAUCACCGACUGGAUUUAUGCUCGAUUUUCAGGCUUAAAGAAGCAAGAAUAG